AUGGCACACCAGCUUGCUUUCCUCGCCUGCUUGGUAGCUCUCGCUGCUUGUGUAGGUUUCCCAUUGGCCGGAGAACCUGCCAAUCUUCAGGAUUACUGCUUGGCAAGUCCUAACGCCAAUCGGGCUCCACAUUCGAGGGAAUACCGCGAAUUUGGUGGGUUCACCCCGGUUUCUGUGACCCAAAUUCCGGGGCUUAACACGCUCGAAAUCUCAAUGGUGCGGAUCGACUAUGCUCUGUGGGGUAUCAACUCUCUCCACACUCACCCUCGUGCCACCGAGAUCCUGACCGUGAUCGAAGGCCCUCUUGAAGUUGGGUUCGUCAUGUCAAACCCUGAGAACCGACACAUUACCAAGGUGCUUAAGAAGGGAGAUGUGUUUGUUUUCCCGAUCGGGUUGAUACACUGCCAACACAAUGUUGGGCAUGGAAAUGCUGUGGCAAUCGCCAGAUUGAGCAGCCAGAAUCCCGGAGUCAUCACUAUUGCCAAUGCCGUUUUUGGAUCCAAGACCGACAUUUCUGACGACCUCCUUGCCAAGGCAUUCCAAGUAGACAAGCGAGUUAUGGACCGACUCCAAGCUAAGUUCUAG